AAACCUACCUGAGCACUAGAAGAGAGGGAGGGUUUUGGAAAGAUACGUAGCUUUUGGCUUCAUUUAGCAUUUACCAGUAAUAACUCUUUAUGUAGCCUACUUACAACUCAAAUUCACAGGAAGAUAGAUUUUUAUAAGUAAUUAUUACAAUGGCAGCGAGGGUAGGACUGGCCAUGAAUCCGCCGCAUACGACUGAAGAAAGGGCGGUUUUCACGCAGCUGAAGCCGGUGAGGAUGCCGGGAGCGGACGGCGUUGAGGACGGUUCCGUGUUUGAGGACGUCAAACCCGGGAUUCAAUUAGAGUUGGACAAAUACCUUCCCCAGGUCAACGGUCCUCUCUUGAGUAACUUGAUUGACACCGUUGACAGGAAAUACAGACGAGAUAGCGCCUCUGUGGUUGACGAGUUCUUCUCAGAGGACAAAACUGCUGCCCCUUACAGCCUCAACAUCAACGUCAUCCUUCCCAGCACCACACACCUCCGCACGGGCCUCUACCGGGCCAACCCGAGGACUCUCACAGCGCAGCAGAUCAAGAUAGAGCCCGGGCUGGAGGUGCCCUGCUCCGUCCCCACCCAGGCCCUGCCAGACUUCACCUCUGUCUUCAGCGUGUCGCCUGUAGCCAACAACGUUUUUAUCAAACCAGACAUGAGCUCUGGAGGAGUGGUAACAGGGGCCGCAGGGUCCCAGCAGCAGCACCAGCAGCCAAAUAUGGAUACAGAGCUUCACAUUGGACCUCCGGCCCCCCAGUCGCAGGUCUAUGCCCACAUGCCCAUCAGCAGCUGUGCUGACCUCACCAUGACUCUGUCCCACGCUAGCCCGUCGGCACAUGCCUCCACGAGUGGCAGAACCAUGCUGAAUCUCGGCAACGGCAACUACAUGAUGGCUGAGCACCAACUACCCCAGCACCAUGGUUACUACCAAGCCUCGCCGACCAACUCAUCCCAGCACACAGCGCCCCACAGCCUGCCACCCUCACCCCCGAACUCUCAGCCAGGGAGCCCAGACGGUCAGGCAGAGCUGCUCAGCUUAUCACCCCAACUUCAGGCUCCAUACCUGCAGUGUCUGGGAGGGAUAAAAGUGACGGGGUUGUCCCCACAUGCCAUGCUGAUGACACACGGCCAGGGUGUCCUGACAGGUCCCAAAUACAACAGGCGGAACAACCCAGAGCUGGAGAAGAGGAGGAUCCACUUCUGUGACUACCCAGGCUGCUCCAAAGUUUACACAAAGAGCUCUCACCUGAAGGCACACCAAAGGACGCACACAGGUGAGAAGCCGUACCGUUGUACAUGGGAAAACUGUGACUGGCGUUUCGCCCGAUCGGAUGAGCUCACCAGACACUACCGCAAACACACCGGAGCCAAACCAUUCAAGUGCGUUGCUUGCAGCCGCUGCUUCUCACGCUCUGACCACCUGGCACUGCACAUGAAGCGUCACCAGAACUAACUUAACAGAACUAACUUACCUGUAUGUACAAACCAUCACAGAAUCACACACAAAUAUAGCCGUAUCCAUACAUACAGCCACCUGAACUUAACAGUCACAGUACCAAAAUCAUCCCUGUGCACCCCUGUUUAUUCUGGUGCUCCAUGCUACCGUAAAUAGAGCGAUAAAAGGCUAUCUAGCAGUAUCCAAAGUAGGACGACAAUAAACACAGAUGUUUGCAGAUGGUGAACUAGUGAUCAUUACGUCUUUGUAGCUGCACCUACUGGUUGGUCAGGGUUUCUUGUUCAGUGAAGGGGUCUGAGGGAGAUAGACUGAUCUCUCCUGGUGAAAAAGAUGCGGAAUCCACGGGCAUCAAUAAUCAACCGUGCGUAUGCACAGAUGUGUGCAUAUAAAAUGCGUAAUAACAUUGCCACGCAAAGUGUGGAAAUUACCAACUUGUACUUAGGACACUUAGGAAUAUGUGUAAAUAUAAGCACAGGUCUGGCCACGCUUAGGAACACAAUUUAGUGGUAGAAUGGCAAUACUAUGAAUGAAAAGCAUUUAAGUGUGUCACAGUAUGCAUAACGCAAUCAACAUCCACACAUGUCCUUUGUUUUCUUUUAUUAGAAAACGCUCAACUAGUCAUGUGUCUGAUUUUAAACAGACAAGUUGCCUAAUUGGUGUCCAACCCUGUAAAAGACAGCUGUGACAAAUGUUUGAAAUAUAGCGCAAUGGCUUAUCUUUGGUAAUGGGGAGACUUGGCAAACAAUGCGCUCAGAGAUUGCGCUGAUCUGCUUGCCGAGGGCACAGAGUGGCUCCUAAGAAGGUGGCGCAUCCCCAUAAAUGUUCUGGAUUUGUGUCGUGAUAUUUGUAACCUUCUCCCAUGCAUCAUUUUUUUCUUUUGUUUGUAAUUCCUCCUGCGCUGAGCAAACCAAACAAUAAUGUUGGUUGGAUCCAAGCUCAUCUACCAGUACCUCCAUCAUUGUGUUUGAGAAGUUCCUCUGCUUUGCUCUCUUUGCUAUAAUUGCAAGUGUGGGAAAAAAACACAUUCACGUGGGUGAUUAAGGGAUGUGUUGUUAACUUUUUAUAUGAUUAAUUGGAGGUGUUUCUGAAUGCAAAUGGAAUAAUCGUGAACCACCAUGGUCAUCGAAAUGUUUUACUUACUGAUGUGCGUACGAUUGGCUUGCGCAGAUUUAAUAAAUGACUAUUUUUAUUUUUUUUGUACUCAAGCACAUCCUAAAUUUCAUUCGUAAGACCGAAUUAAGAACAUUUUUUAUACACUGUUGGUAAAUGAGGCCCCAGGAGUAUCAGAGGAGUUACCUGGUGGUUUACACCUUCCACAGAUCAACAGGAGGUUGUAAGGAAAAAAUGCAAGAAAAGAGAAGUUGAAGGGAACUAAAGAUUAAAAUAUCUGUUGGAGACAAUUGAUUCAAAUUGGAAUUGGCAUCAUUAGGUGCAGUUUCACUUUCUAAUGGAAACAGAGAAAGUAGUUCCAGGCAAUUGUGAACAGAACUAUCAUGGCUAGUUCUGGAUCAUGCAAUAUGUCUGAGAUAACACUGGUCAUCUGCUAUCAGUCAACACUGUGUUUGCUGAAGUCUUCACACCGGAGCUAAUGAUCUACCAUGGACUCGGAGGUGAUUUUGGUGUCUGCUCUCAUCCCUGAACAGAUGUGUUAAAACAUGCACUGGUCUAACUGAAACACGCAAUACAUACACAUUCACACACACUUGACAUGCAUUAUUACUCACUACAAAUAUUGCAGUCAUCAAAACUGUGGUGUCAGGCUUCUUGAAGCAUUUGGGACUCCUGAUUACAUCCUGGAAACUCCUUCUUCUUCUAAACAAUAACAGCAACAUGAACUAUUUUUUGCCUACAAAUCCGCCAAAAACUCCAUCAUCAUAAUCAUCACCAUGUCAUGUCAUUUUGAGGUAUGAACUUUGAAGGAGAGCUGCCGAUGUAUGUCCCUCCAUCCUGCCUUUGUAAAUAGUUGUUUAUAUGUGUGUGAUGUGAGAAUACAAUGAAUGUAUUGAGAUUUA